AUGGAAAAUCAAAAUCAGACAUUGAUGACCAUAUUUUUUCUUCAUGGUCUGGCUGCUCACCCCAUCUUUCAUUUUGUUUUUUUUCUUCUGUCCCUUAUCAUGUAUAUUAUAAUAUUGCUGGGCAACAGUUUCCUCAUUACAAUCAUCAUUCUGGACUCUCAUCUCCACACUCCCAUGUACUUCUUUCUCAGUAACCUCUCUUUCCUGGAUAUCUGCUACACAUCUUCUUCUGUUCCACUGAUACUUGCGAACUACCUUUCAGAUGAAAAAUCCAUUUCUUUUGUGGGAUGUGGAGCACAAAUGUUCUUCUCUCUUGCCUUGGGGUCUACAGAGUGUGUGCUCCUGACUGUAAUGUCUUAUGACCGCUAUGUGGCCAUUUGUAGACCCUUGAGAUACCCCAUCAUCAUGAACAAGGGGCUUUGUGGAUGGAUGGCAGCCAGUUCUUGGAUGACAGGUGUGCUAAACUCACUGGUACAAACAAUUCUUGCUAUGGGGUUGCCCUUUUGUGGAAACAAUGUCAUUGAUUAUCUCACAUGUGAGAUCCUGGCUGUAUUGAAACUAGCAUGUACAGAUAUCUCCCUCAAUGUGAUUAUUAUGGUCAUAUCAAAUGUCAUUUUGCUGGUUAUUCCAGUGUUACUAAUAAUCAUCUCUUACUUGUUCAUCCUCUUUACAAUUCUGAGGAUCAAUUCUACAGAGGGAAGGAAAAAAGCCUUUUCUACCUGUUCAGCACACCUGACUGUGGUGACUAUGUUUUAUGGAACCAUCCUCUUCAUGUACAUGAAGCCCAAAUCCAAAGAUUCUCAUGCAACAGAUGAGCUAAUCGCUCUCUUCUAUGCUGUGGUUAUUCCCAUGCUGAAUCCCAUCAUAUAUAGUCUGAGGAACAAGGAUGUGAAAGCAGCUGUGAAAAAGCUCAGCAAAAAUAUCUUCUCACAAAAAACAUGA